AUGUCGUCUCAAGCGGCCGCUAAAGCUGCCGGUGGCCUGGUCAGCAUCGCCAAGAAGCAAACCGUCCAGUCGACGGGCGUGUGGGAGGUUCUCCGACGAUUCUUCGCCAUCGACCCCGAACGAUCCAACGGUGUCCCUCUCAACCCUCACUUCCGUAACCCUCCCCCCGGCGCCAACCCUCCUCUCGAGUACGACGACCCCGUGACGCUGCCCGCGGGCGACAUCGCCGACAACCCCUACUGGAAGCGAGACUCGCGACGCAACUACCCCCAGCUCAGCGUCGUCAACCAAUCCCAGUUCGCCCAGCUCCUCACCGUCGGCAGCGCUGCUGCCCCCAAGGUCGAGCUCAUCGGCGAGGCGGGCGAGAAGCAGCUCGUUGCCGUCAAGGAGGAGUCCCAGACCGGCCUUGCUCAGGCCCUUGGUAAGGUGGCGCCCGGCGAGGCCACCAAGGAUGUGUUUGUGAACGGCCUGCCGCCGCUGCCCAGCGGCCAGAGCCUUUCUUCUGGAGCUUGGGAUGUCCACAAGUACGAGGUGACGGACACUUCGUACGGCGAGGGGUACCCUUGCAGGUCGUUCAAGUAA